GUAAACUUGAAAACAAAAAAGAAAUUUUGUUUUUAUUUUCUUAAUUAAGCUUUAUUUCUGAAUAAAUGAGACUUUACGUCGAAUCACCUAGAUUUUCUACUUGAUACGGACGCACUUAAGGCUUUUAUCUUUGGAUUAAAGUAUGCAGAAUCAUGUCAGAGUUACCAACUGAUAUCAGCAAAGGGAGUAAAAGUGAGGCUUAUAACAAGGAUGAGCCCUCUGUUGUCUUUAAAAAAUUACAACACAAAGAAAAUGAGAAAGAAAAGGCACCCCCAUUUGUUAACCCCAUAGAUAUUACAGACUGUCAUGGAAAUACCAAUAUGGAUGCGAAUCGACAAACACCACAGAAAAGAUUCACAAAUGUUGAGCAAAAGACUCCGUCAAAAUCAUUUAGAAGGUCGCAAUCUAAAACUCCAAGAAAAUCUUUUCAACAAAAGUCACCUGCAAAGAGCACACAAAAAACACCCAAAAAGUCUGUCACUCCUUCAAAGGGAAAAUCAUCGGCUCAUGCUAAUAAACGACUGAUUGGUGCUGAAGUUUCUACUGAGGAUCAAACUCCAACAAAAAGGCCCAGGACAAAUAUUUCAAACAAAAAUGAAAAUAAUAAAGAAAGUGAAUGUCUAGAUGCAAAUGAGGCCACAGUAGAUGAGUCUUUGGAAAAGAAAGCACGUAAAAUCAACAUGACUGCCAAAAAUGUAAAAUCUGUGAUUCAUCAUGUGCUUACUAACGAGCUGGUGCUCAAUAUGUUCAAGAAUGUUUUAAGAUCGGAAGAAGAUGAGACUGGUCCACAGGUGGAAGAAAACACCAGUCAAAGCUUCAUACCAGAAAAUUUGGACUGUGUGCCCAAAAUGACAAGGGCCAAAGUAAAGCAUAUUUUAGAAAAAAUUUGUGCCCAGUCACCAAUGAAAAUAACAAAAGGCGGUCCCAGCAUACUAGAUGUUGAGUUUGCUGAAGAGGAAGAUGAUGAUGAAUAUAACCCUGAGAAAGAUGAGGAGUGCCAUGACAGUGAUGAUGAUGAAAGUGUCACUUCUUCAAGAAUGAGUGAUUUUGGUUCACCUUAUCCCAAUACUCCAUCAACACCAGUUAUAAGGCAAAGUGAUCUUUAUAAUAUGUCGAGCACACCUAUCCAGUAUCCAUCUUGCUCCUUCACAAACAGUGGAACACCCAAGAAUUUGGCUGCUGCUUUCUCAGCUAGUUCCAGUACACCUAGUGAAUUAGAGCAAGAAGGGGUGGAUACUAUUGCUCUCCGCACCCGCUCCAAAUUACCUUUAACAAGUACAACCAUCACAGAAAUAGAGAGUGCAUUUGUGGCCCCUGAUAUUACACCAGAUUUGUAUCAUACAAAUUAUGAAGACCCUGAAUAUUACCAGUUUCUGUCUAACCUUUACAAACCUGCAGAUGAAACUAUAACAGAUGAUGAUGCUGAUGCCAAUGACCCAGAGUUUAACUACUUUGCUGAAGCCGAAAGAGAAAAGCCAGACGCUGAAGAUUUUAGAGUUGAUAAGUUCACGCAGAUUCCAAAAAAAGAGCUGCUCCACCUUCUAGAUGGUCUUGAAGAGUUGUUUGAGGAUGAAGUCUUGCCCCACCAGGCCAUGGCCAGUGCCAGUGAGAUGAAUGUUAACACAAUAGGAGAAGCCAGCAUGCAGGAUAGCAUCCAAGCCAGCCAAAUGAGCCAGCCAGCAUCUAAUGCAUGUAACUUAGUGGCUGAAUUCAAAACACCAAGUGCCCCGCCAUGCUUAGAUCCAGUUCAAGAGUUUAAGACACCAAAUGCCCCAUCAAGUCUGAGUUACAUCCAAGCUCAAAGUUAUGAAGAAUCACCAGGCAGUACGAAUAACUACCUCGAUCCUCCAGCCCAAGUCAACGUAAUAAAUUAUAACAGUUUCACUGAAAUGCCAUAUGAAGAAGUAGCUGUUUCUCAUGAACAUAGAGCGUUAAUUGAAGAUAACAUGAGAAAGCAUAUCCAACUACUGGCUCAGAGUUACAUAUUAUUUCAUGGUAAGAAUCUGGAGUCAUCACUGGACAGUGUACCAAUGGAGUUGUUGAAUGAGCUGAAAAAUUUGAGAGAGCAGUCCCCAGCUGGCCAGAAAAGUGUUUUUAAUGUCUGUAAUCUCAACCCAGCCCUGGAGCUUUUGGAGAACUCUUCUUUGUUUGAAGAUGCUAAUACUGAUAUACACAUUUCAACUAACAAAAAUGCAUGUGGACUGACAAAUACCCAACAGUUAGCUAUCUUCAACAGUCCUGCUUUUGUUUACCCUUUCCUGCUUCCUUCACUGAAGAAGAAUGUUAAGACAGAUCGGAAGUAUAAUAAAUUUCUUCAAAGUGAAGACAACUUGAUAGCUCUUGGCCUGGAGCAGUUCCAGCACUGUAAAAAUAUCCUGCCAGUUCAGUUAAUACAGAAUUUGCUGAUCAGAGGCAAGGACUCAAAUAAAAUUCAUUUCCGCAUUCAGUUCAUGUCUUCCCAAAAAGUUGGAGAUAAUGCAAUCAAGUGUGUAAAAAAAACUGGCAAAUUACCUGAUAAUUUCCCCAAGCCUGUGGUAGACACAUUUUAUCCCCAGCCACCUAGGGAUCAAUUCUCUGUUCACUUGCCUGGUUGGUGCUUGGCUUUGAGAGAUAAGAUGAAUAAAUCUUCAGUUACAAAUGCAACUUUACAACCUUCAGUAUCAUCUGAAGCUGGUCAGGCAGUAAUAGUUGCCAAGCAACCAAUAGCUGUACUAGAACAAAAUAAAUUUAGCAGCAGCUUACAAAAAACUGCAUCUACAAGCAAAAGAGGCAGAACAAAAAACAAGCUAAAGAGCAUAACACCCCAAGCCAUGCAGCAAACUGAUAGCAGAAUUCCAGGUUUGUCCACCUUUAUCUUGCCCAGUUCCAUGGCACCAGUCUCAGGAAUCUUCAUCCAGUUUGGUAACUCUGCCAAACCCCUCCCAUUUAUCUCUCCAUCGGUACCAGGAACCCCUGUCCACUCAGCACCUGGCUUAUCAACAGCUGAAACAGCAUCAAAAUCAAGAAUCACGACGGAAACUAUUUCAUCUGACAGCGCUUGCAGUAACCCAGGAAAUUGGAAAUCAUACUCUAACACUGUAGCUACUCAAACAUUGGAGCCGUCUUCACCAGAUAUCCUUGCUAAAUCUAUGCUUUCUUGUGGCAUUGCGGAAUCCCCAAUCUGCCCAUCUCCAUCCAACGCUGUUAACCCUUCUAUGGAACCAUGCUCUACAUCAACUCCGACCCCUUCAAGUUCGUGUCUUAAAAAUAAUAUCGUCCGGAAUCUCAACUCAGCGUUUGAUGCUGCCAACAAUUCGCCGGCCGUAAGUGUUCGCUCACCGGCGCUCAGCAUCAUCAACCACAGUGAGGCUAGCUCGCAAACUUUAUCAGAGCAACCCAUCCCUAAAGACAAUGCCAACCGCAAUAAAUCCUCAGAGACUGACAUGGAGGUCACGUUGACCUCGGAGAAUGUCAACACAAGUCAGAGUGGUCUCACACAGGAAGUGACGUCAGAUACUGACACCAUGUUAGUUGUAGACACCAGCUGUGACAUGGCUUCUCAGGAAUCAGUGUCGAACAAUGUUGUCACUGAUAAGAAAUCCACCAGUUCAUCAGUACAGUUAGAUAACAAUACACCAGUUUUACCUGUAGAGACAAACUUUAAUACAGAGUCUAGAGUUAUUGUUGAUGUAUGUUUACAAGAACCUGGGACAAGUAGUAAUGUUUUAACUAAUAAAGAAUGCACAGUUGUCAGUGAUGAAGAGGUGAAUUCUGGAGGACACUCAAAUCCUGUGAGUGACCAGGAAGCUUCUCCUGAGAAAAAAAAGACUAUCAGAACACCUUCCCCCAAAAAAGUAGUCAGCCACACUCCUACCAAACUCCGACCUUUGGCACCUAAACAGGACACACCAAACAAGACCAGCACACCAUAUGUCCCACUGCCCAAAAUCAGCCCCAGAAGGCUAGAGCUCAACAAACAAGUUCGUCAGAUAUUGCCGAAGUCUUUCAUCUUUGAGCCCAAGUCACCGUCGCCCACCAAAGCUGCGGCGCUGAUGCUGAAGAGGAAGGCCGCAAUGGUCUGCCAGAGACAGAGCCCCAUCAAGAUUCUACCCAAACAGCUGCCAUCAGCUGAAUCUCCGUCCAAAACCAGGUCAAGGGUCAUCCUCACGCCAUCCAGAAUGUACACCAGAUCCCAACAUACAAAAACCAAAAAUGCAGUUGAGAAAAGUAGCCAGGAUGAAAGCAAGUACAAGAAACAAGAUGAGACUCAGGGAAAAGAUGUGUCUGAUAGUGGAGCCAGUGAAAAAGAAGAAUCAGGGUUAUCACAGGAAGAAGAGGAGGAAGAAGAUGAUGUGUUUGGAGAAGAGAAUCAGCUAGACGACCUGAUGGCUGCAUGUACCACCAUAAGGUAUGAUCCCAAGAAGGGAAGUAACCAAGACACAGAUACAAAGAGCAAGGCCCAGAAGAAAAGAGAUAUCAGCUUAGCAAUGUUAGAUGCUGACAUUUUAGAGUGUGAUCCCAAGAAAGACGAACGUGACACAGAAUAUGCCCAGUAUUACUUCAACCGUGUGAAAGAUAAACUUAAGGAUGACCCAGGGCGUUUCAGAAAGUUUUUAACUUUGCUUCAUGACCUGAAUAAAGAUCAUGGGAACCCAAUAGAGCUGUAUGCAGACCUGGCCACACUAUUGUCUGACCACAGAGAACUUGUGGAUGACUUUGCUGGGUUUUUGCUCUCCUUCCAAGCUGUUGAGUGCCAGUGCUUUGUCUCCAGCAUGGAGUAUCAACAAAUUCGCAGUUUCCUACGACGUCUUGAGAUUUACUGUGGUACUUCAAACCAAAUGUACCAGCGUACAUUAAAAAUGAUGUCAAAGUGGCUCAACCUCAAUCAAGAUGCCCAGACAGACCCUACUCCCUUCAAAGAUCGGAUUGGGGCUGUGCUGCGUCAUGUGCCAGGUGUUAUGGAUGACCUGUUCUCUUACUUCUUUGAUGGCCCCUUUUAUGACAGCUGCUACCCAGAGGAUUUUGAAACAGUUGAGCUGGAUGAAGAUGACGACAUUGAUGAGCUUGACAAGUUUGAAGAGGUGGUCCUGCCUGAGGGCCGGGAGGACUACAACACCAAGCUGUGUCAGUGCCGGUGUCACGAGGACACACAGGAUGAGAAGUUGCUGAAGCGUAGUCGACACUGUGUGUCUUGUAGCCUGAAGAUGAUUGAUGGGCGGCCAGUGUUAAAGACCACCCACCAUGAUUACUUUGACGUGUCCAUAAUUUACCCAUUAGAAGAGAAGGAGAAGUUGGCCAAAGCUAAAAAAGAGGCCGCCCAGUUGGCCCUGGCCAAAGCCAGAGCCCAGAGACAGCUGAAGAAGAAGAACAAGAAGAAAAGGGACCUGGCUAAACUCAAGUCAAAGAGUGGGAGAAAGGAGAACAGAAAGAAGCCAUGUAAACUGGAGGACUUGUCUUCAGAUGCAGGUGUUUCAGACAGCGCUGACGGUGCUGUCUUGAGUGAUGUGAACACUGUCACAGAGCCAAUGGACCAGAACAGUUCUAACCCCGCACCACCACUCACUAAAGAGAAUCUAAGUCAAGGCUCACCUGAUUUAAAAAUGUCUGCUAGAAGGAUAAGUUUAAAAAGUGUGGCUGAGACAGGAUGUUCUCAGACCAAAUCAUGUGUAGCUGGAACUGACGGGUUUGAUGAUUCCCCAUUUCUUCAUACGUGCAUAGAAAAGGAGGGUGAGGUUUGUGUGACCUCUAGGACAUUGUUUACUGCAGCACCAUCUGCUGGUGUUAGAGCUAAACCUGUUUCAUCUACACAGCUGCUCAGUGACUCUCAGAGUAAUGCUGGGAACAGCCCUGCUCAAGGCAAUUUAAAAACUUCAUCAAGUAGUCUUUCAACACAAGGCAAUUUAAAAACUGUUGCUUCAUCAAGUAACCUUUCAUCACAAGGCAAUUUAAAAACUGUUGCUUCAUCAAGUAGCCUUUCAUCACAAGGCAAUUUAAAAACUGUUGCUUCGUCAAGUAGUCUUAUGCCUCAAGGAAAUUUAAAAACUGUUGCUUCAUCAAGCAGUCUUAUGCCUCAAGGAAAUUUAAAAACUGUUGCUUCAUCAAGCAGUCUUUUGCCUCAAGGCAAUUUAAAAACUGUUGCUUCAUCAAGUAGUCUUUCAACACAAGGCAAUUUAAAAACUGUUGCUUCAUCAAGUAAUCUUUCAACACAAGGCAAUUUAAAAACUGUAGCUUCAUCAAGUAGUCUUUCAACACAAGGCAAUUUAAAAACUGUUGCUUCAUCAAGUAAUCUUUCAACACAAGGCAAUUUAAAAACUGUAGCUUCAUCAAGUAGUCUUUCAACACAAGGCAAUUUAAAAACUGUUGCUUCAUCAAGUCGUCUUUUGCCUCAAGGCAAUUUAAAAACUGUUGCUUUGUCAAACAGUCUUAUGCCUCAAAGCAAUUUAAAAACUGUUGCUUUGUCAAAUAGUCAUUUGUCACAUGGGACCACAACACCAGCAACAUCUUCUACCUUGCUCAGUGGCGCUAGAGCAGAGGUCCCAUCACCAGCCACACCUUCAGUGUGUGUGCCACCUGACAGAGAAACACCUGAACCAGCGCCGCCCUCACCUGUGACACCAACAGUUUCUGAACCUUCCCAACCACCAGUGAAGAAACGCAAACCUGAUAAACCAAAGAAGAAAGAGCAGGUCUCAAAGAGAUCACAACCUUCAGAAAACAUGAACAUUGAGCUACAGAAAACUAGCCACCUUGGAGUUAAGCAAUCAACCCCCACACCACUCCUCACACACUCACAGCUAGCCCUAACAUCAUCCACAGCAAAACCCAAUGAAACAAAAAAGAAAUCCAAAUCUAAAAAUUCUCUGGAUUUCUCUUCAGAUCUUUUAGCAACUCAGUCUGGGUCUGUCCAACGUGCAUCAACACAGGAUAAGACUAUUUCAAACACUCCAUUGUAUAGCUCACAACUACCAAAUCUACCACAGCCUACCUCAGUGCAGCAACCUCAAAUUAUCUCCAGUCCUAGGUCUGUCAAAAGAAGAGAGAAAAAUAAAAAACCACCCAAAUCUGAAAUGAUAACGGCGAAUGCUACAACAUCCAAACCAGUCAGCCUGACCAAAUCUAAACAAACGAAACCAGCGCAAAAUACUGUACCCAGUCAAACUUCAUCACCACUUUAUAUACAGCCUUCAUUCCACAAUACCAGGGCAGCACCCACAUCUAUAAACCCAACCAGGUUCAGCAUACCCUCCGCAUUGAGUCCCCACAGCAUGCAGCUAACGCCAAGGACCAUGUCCUUCCAGCCCAACACCCCACAGAUUGUUGGCAUGAGGGUCCCUGUCAUGAUCAUGUUAGAGCCCCAGGUCACGCUGAGUGAGCCAGACAAGCCUAAAGUGGAAACAAAAAAGCGCACAAGAAAACCAAGAGAAACAAAAUCCACAAGCUCCCGCUCCAGAGCAAGAAAUGAUUCACAGAAAAAAAGUGUGGAGAGUUCUCUGGAUAAAAAUCAGAAAAACUCUGUGAUAUCAACAGAACCAACACAUUCUGUCAGCUUCUCCGCUGGUGUUACAUAUGUGACUAACUCUACUUGUCCCAAUCCUCUAUUGAACUCUUCACAAAAUUUACAGGGCUUUACAACUCAACCCAUCUUUACAACCAGCUCCCAGCAGCUAGCUGGAUUAUCAGGUUAUGUUGAAACAACCAGCUCCCAGCAGCUCGCUGGAUUAUCAAACUUUGUCCCAACAACCAGCUCCCAGCAGCUAGCUGGAUUAUCAAACUUUGUCCCAACAACAAGCUCCCAGCAGCUAGCUGGAUUAUCAGGUUAUGUUGCAACAACCAGCUCCCAGCAGCUAGCUGGAUUAUCAAACUUUGUCCCAACAACAAGCUCCCAGCAGCUAGCUGGAUUAUCAGGUUAUGUUGCAACAACCAGCUCCCAGCAGCUAGCUGGAUUAUCAAACUUUGUCCCAACAACAAGCUCCCAGCAGCUAGCUGGAUUAUCAGGUUAUGUUGCAACAACCAGCUCCCAGCAGCUAGCUGGAUUAUCAAACUUUGUCCCAACAACCAGCUCCCAGCAGCUAGCUGGAUUAUCAAACUUUGUCCCAACAACCAGCUCCCAGCAGCUAGCUGGAUUAUCAAACUUUGUCCCAACAACCAGCUCCCAGCAGCUAGCUGGAUUAUCAGACUUUGUCCCAACAAGCAGCUCCCAACAGCUAGCUGGAUUAUCGGACCCUGUCCCUGUAGUCACACUGACCUGCGCCUCCCCCCCACCUAACCCAGACAACAGUUUUGUACCUUCCAAUAUCAAUCAUGAACUCCACACCUCUGACACCUGCAGCCUUUUCCAUUUCUCUCCUGCAAAGUUCAAAGGAAGCAAAGUUCCAGAUAUAGUCCGGGCACAUCUAGAAAACCUCUCCUUUGGUGGUUUUGACGAGUCUCUUGACUUCACAGCCCAUAGUUUGGCCCACGCCAUUUCUCCCAACAAGCUUGGAGACACAAUGUCCAGGUUUGAUUUACUGGCUUAUUUAGAAAGUGUCAGCCAGUUCAACAAGGACACGGGGAUGAGCACGGUCACAACAUCGAGCGGUGAGAGCCGGCUUUCCUUCUCUGGGGUGUUGGCCGAAGUGAACAAAGGAAAAGUUGAAGAGAACAGACCGUCAGCUUCUGAAGCCAUUACCUCUCCUGCAGCUGGAGGUGUCUCUCAGUCUUCAGCUCUUCAGACACUGAGACAAAAAGACAUGCAGUCUGGCACUGGAGCACAUCACCGUGCUCAACCAACAACACAGGGCUAUGAAAGCACAGCGCAGGCAUCAGCACUGUGUGUUGACAGAGUGGAGUUCCAACGUCAUAACAGUGAAGAGUCACUAGCUAUGGAGGGUGAUUUGGACUGGACAGAACAUUGUGAUAGAACCAUCUUGAACGUAGUUACAGUUGAAGGCAUCACCAGUGAGUCUGUCAACAAAAUCCAUCUUUUGUUGCCAGAUAGAUCUGUUGAUGAGAUUACCUCAAGAGCUGAGCUGUUACUAAACAUGUUGCAAGAGAUGAGUGAGAGUGAUGCGGGCACUGAGGCAUCUUCAUGUGAUGAGUCUCGUAAUUAAUUAAACUUGUUUAAGCUGACAACUUUAUAAUUAAGUGUUAAUUAGUUCUAUGCAUCAGCUGCACCAUCAUAUCAUGCACAGUGUCAUAAGUAAUUCUUUCUUUUCUAUGAUGGGAGACAACUCUGUGUUCUCUCCCCUUGUUGAAUAUAUUCCUAAUUUUUAUCAAAAACAAUGUAAAUGUAAGUCAAAGAAUGUUCAUAGUGAUGUGUGUUAAUUUUUAAAAUCACCAGGAAGAAACUUGUUUGUAUAAUGAUUUGUUUUGUUUACACUUGUUUGUAAUUUGCUAACAUUUUUUCCACAACCCUGUUUUAUAAAUAAUUGAAAAUAGAAAAAAAUGU